CUCAUACUAUACUUCUUCCCGAGAUUUAAUUCAUGAGUUGACGAGACUUUCGUCGUGUAUUUGAUUCUAAGAUACAGAGUACCAAUCGAGAAUACAUCUCAUCAAAUUGCGAACGUCUGCCCGUCCACUUACCCCGCAUUUCUUACCACGUCUUAGCAAGAUGGACGCGAAACAUCUCCCAGGGGCGUUCAUGUUGGAAGCUGCUGAGUAUGGCCUAAAAGCAGCUUCCGUUCUCUCUAGCUUUACCCCGACCCCCAAGUCCAGAGAGCUGGCGUCCAAGAUAUCUCUUUCGGCCACCCUCCUGUCCGAGAUCGGGAGACAGGUGAACGAGAAUGCGACCUGCUUUAAGGAAAACUUCAGGAAGAAUUUUGAGCACGUUCCAAUGAAAUGUAAGGAACAGUAUCAGGCAGUACUUAUCGCAGUCGAGAAGGCAUCGUCCUUCGAAAAGGGCGACGCCACAAAAGGCACGGGGCAAUCGCCCCAGAAGCCAUGGAAACGGCUUCUAUCCGCGUUGGGUGUGGAUAAAGACAAGUGGGAGGAAUUCCAAGAAUGCUUCAAUGAAUCGUGGUUACGUGUUUUGAUGUUGCAGUGCAUUGUCUCUCUCAUUGUGCUUCAGAUCCGUGCUCAGAAACAUGAGCCAUUAACACUUUCGGAGUACAACAAACUUGGCCAGCUCAAGAAAGGGUUAGGGAAGCUUCUUAGGGCAAUUCGAGGAGAAGGAAUUGCUUCUGUUGUUGCAUUCAGUCUUGUUGAUCUUACGAAGCCAGCAAAUUCGGCACAGCUUGUUAAGGCUGCCGAAUCGGUUGCUCAAGAGUCCUCCCCCGACGAUGCAUCAAUCUCUUCAUCCGCUACCAUUCUCAACUCACCAGUCCAGGAUAUUUCUCCAAUCAAACAGGAGGUUCAAAUUCCUUCUCCACCCAAACCUCCCGUCCUCGCUUCACCACCCAGAGACGACGGCGAGUACGAGAUGUACCGAGUCAGUAUCAAGACCCACGAAAAAGAGAGAGCCCACACCAGGUUCCGCCUCUUCGGAAUUCCAGGGAUUGUCAACCUUGGUCGCAUCAAGACAGAAGUCGUCGCCAGCGUGGACAGAAUCCCCUCCUCAAUGGCAGAAAUCCAGUCUUUCAUCAUGAGAGAAAUGGACGACGAGUAUACGGUUCCACCAACUCUUAGCGACAUGGUCAAUGUCUCGCCAAAAAUCAGCACUGCUAUUUACGCGUUGGUCAACGAGAAGAACCAGAGACCCGCUUACCCGCGUCGACAGUGGAACACUGAGUUCCUGGUCAACUGGAAAUGGUGGGAGUCCAAACGUUUCGGCAGAGAGAAAAAGAAGACCGAAGGCUACAUUGUCAUCCUGCGCGGCAAACUCCAAGUCCAAGUUCCACCACCACCUGUCAUCGUCAACCUUACACGUGGCCCGCCACAAUCGAGGCCAUCCCCAAAACAUCCGGGAGGUCCACCUCCGAGGGAAAUCAAUGAUCUUACAAAUGAGGUCGAUGCCAUGAAGAAACGAAGGUCUGAACGUAGAGUAGCUGCCCAUAUCGAGCUCACACAGCAGGAAACGGAGAAAGUGAUCAAUGAUUUCUUAGCUACUUUCUCAACGCUGUAUGAUGGGAUCCCUGUGGAGGAGCGUGGUGCUGCCAUGAGAGGGAUCGAUAUGGAGGAGAUGGAUGAGCUCUGUGACUUUGACAGUGAUGACGACAGUGAUGCUUCGUCGAGCUGGGGGUCAGGAACGACUCGUUCUUUGGUUGAUGAUUAGGUUUGUUCAUUCGUUUGUUUCGUUCUUAUUUCUUUUGAAUGAGUGGAUUUCUUGAUGCGGCUGAGUUCCCGUCCAGGUUGUGGGAGUUCUCCUUGGAAGGAAAGUUCCGCGGUGUUAUUGUUAUCCACGACUUACAUUUUCUUCUUAUUGGACUCGAAAUGUUCGCAUCAACACUUCUAUGACCAGAAAGUAUGACUAUUAGGCACAACGGCAUUCGGUCUUUAUAUUCUAUCGCCAAAAUAUAACAUUUGAAUAUCCC